GCCCUCGUUCGGCCGCGGCCAUUGUUCCCCCUCCCGGCUGUCAUUUAUGGGGAAGAAGCACAAGAAGCACAAGGCGGAGAAGGCGGAAUGGAGGUCCACGCCCGCCCCGGCCGUCGCCGCCGCCGCUGGGCCCGGCGGCGCCGCCUACGACGAUUAUGUGGAUAAGCCCUUGGAAAAGCCAUUAAAGUUGGUGUUAAAAGUCGGAGGCAGCGAGGUGACUGAACUAUCAGGAUCGGGACACGAUUCUAGUUAUUACGAUGACAGAUCGGACCACGAGAGAGAGCGACAUAAGGAAAAGAAGAAGAAGAAGAAAAAGAAGUCGGACAGAGAGAAGGAAAAGCAUCUUGACGAUGAGGAGCGGCGGAAAAGAAAGGAAGAAAAGAAAAGAAAACGAGAGAAGGAACUGUGCGACACGGAGGGCGAGACAGAUGAUUUCGAUCCUGGAAAAAAAGUAGAGGUUGAUCCACCUACUGAUCGCCCAGUCCGGGCCUGUAGAACUCAGCCUGCAGAAAACGAGAGCACGCCUAUUCAGCAAUUAUUGGAACAUUUUCUUCGCCAGUUACAAAGGAAAGAUCCGCAUGGUUUUUUUGCGUUCCCAGUCACAGAUGCGAUUGCUCCCGGCUAUUCCAUGAUAAUAAAGCACCCCAUGGACUUUGGAACUAUGAAAGAUAAAAUAGCAGCCAAUGAAUACAAGUCAGUAACGGAAUUCAAGGCAGACUUCAAACUGAUGUGCGACAACGCAAUGACGUACAACAGACCCGACACUGUGUACUACAAGCUGGCCAAGAAGAUCCUCCACACUGGCUUCAAGAUGAUGAGCAAAGAACGGCUGUUAGCUUUGAAGCGCAGCAUGUCGUUUAUGCAGGACAUGGAUUUUUCUCAGCAGGCGGCUCUCUUGGGCGACGAAGACGCGGCUGUCGAGGAGCCGGUGCCCGAAGUCAUUCCCGUACACGUGGAGACGACCAAGAAAUCCAAAAAGCCAAGCAAAGAAGUGAUUAGUUGUAUAUUUGAACCGGAGGGAAACGCCUGCAGCUUGACGGACAGCACAGCGGAAGAACACGUCCUGGCGUUGGUAGAACAUGCGGCGGAUGAAGCUCGGGACAGGAUCAACCAGUGUCUGCCAAACAGCAAGAUUGGCUACUUGAAAAAGAACGGGGAUGGCUCUUUGGUCUUCAGCGUAGUCAAUCCGUCAGAUCCAGAGCUGGAAGAGGAGGAAACUCAUCCAGUGGAUCUGAGCUCUCUAUCAAGUAAAUUAUUGCCUGGUUUCACAGCGCUAGGGUUCAAAGAUGAGAGAAGGCACAAAGGUCACUAA